AUGGCGACCGGCACGCGCGUCGAGCACGCGCAGGCGGCGCUUCAGAAGGCUGACGCGGUCUGCUUCGACGUGGACUCGACCGUCAUCACCAAGGAGGGCAUCGACGAGCUCGCCGCCUUCCUCGGCGUCGGCGACCGGGUCGCGGCGCUCACGGCGAGUGCGAUGGGCGGCUCGGUGCCGUUCCACGAGGCGCUCGCGGCGCGGCUGGACGUGAUGCGGCCGUCGCGCAAGCAGCUGGACGCGAUGCUCGCUGCCCACCCUCCGGCGGACCUGCUCACGCCCGGCAUCGCCGCGCUGAUCGCGCGGCUCGUCGCGCUGAACAAGCGGGUGUACCUCGUCUCGGGCGGGUUCCGGCAGAUGAUCGAGCCGGUGGCGGCCGAGCUCGCGAUCCCGCCGACGGACAUCUACGCGAACAGCUUGCUCUUUGACGACGCCGGCGACUUCACCGGCCACGACCCUGCCGAGCCGACCUCGCGCGCCGGCGGCAAGGCCAAGGUGGUGGCGGACCUCAAGGCGUCGAGGGGGUACAGCACGGUGGUGAUGAUCGGCGAUGGCGCGACCGACAUGGAGGCGCGCGACGUGCCCGGCGGCGCCGACGCCUUCAUCGGCUUUGGCGGCAUCCAGGUGCGAGACAAGGUGAAGGCGGGCGCCGACUGGUUUGUCACGUCCUUCGACGAGCUGAUGAAGGCCCUGGCGGGCUGCUAG